GUAAAAUAUUCUCGAGAAGGAAAUAGCAAAUUACUCCAGUAUCUUUGUCUAGAAAACCUCAAGUGGCAUCACAAGAAGUCGAAUGUGACUGAAAAACACAGUCAUACUCACAACUGACUGACACGUUGUCUCCAGUAAAUGUAGAAACUACUGAUUAAGAAACAUGUAACAUCUUCCAACUCCAAAAUCUUUCUUUAUCCUAGAAUCACUUAGUAAAAGGGCUUGGGUGGUAUUAGAUAUUAAGAUUGAAUUCUGAAUCUUAAUUGAUUCAUUGUAUACUUGUAGGAAAUUUUGCCCAACUCUGCCUUGAACAUGAUAGUUCAGAGAGCACUGACAAAAAUUCUUUACUUUAUGUAGCUCCUGGUUUGUAUUAGCAUCCCCUGCUGUAGCUUUUUAGCAGAUUAUUUUGUUAAACUUUCUUCACAUAACUAGAAAGGUAUUCUCACUUUUUUCUCAUAUGUAUUAAUAGUAUAGAACUUAGUUGUAUGGAUUAUUGAAAGACAAAAGGAAAUUAAUCUAUUGAGGAAGGUUCGAUAUAGUUACACACUACAGGAAUAUGGAAUUUGUAGUCACUUCUGCUAUGGCCCUUUGGAAAUCUAUUUGUUAUUUAGGAAAAUGCUUGCAAGUGGAGCAAGACUCUAUGACCAGAAAAUAAUGGUGAUUUCUUUUACUUAGGGUUAAGUUUUGGCUAAAGGUAAAGUACUUGAAGUAGGAAGAAUGGGAGUUAUCUGUGCUUUUAUCAAGCUUCCUAGCUUUUCAAGGACUUAAGGAAAAAUCUGCAUCAGCAAAGUCAGUCUUACCUGGAGAACCAGAGGACCACAUACAAUCAGAAGAUCAGGCUACAAAAAAAUCAGAACAUCACAAUAUUGAAAAUGAAGUAGAAGAAAGCAUUCAGUUCGUCCUUGAAAAAGCAUUGCAGACACAGGAUGAAAAUGACAAGGAAGAAGAGGUGGUUGAAAUAGUGGGAGAAAAGCAAAUAGAAGAUGAAGAUAGUCCAAUGAGAAAUGAGUUGGAAGAUAAACUUGAAGACUUGGAAACAGAAACACUAUCUGAAGAUAUUGAAGAUAGAUAUUAUCAGACAGAAGGAACUGAAUCAGAUUUAAAUGAAUAUAAUAAAGAUGUGGAAAAGAUUAUUUAUGAACAGGAAAAUCCAGAUUACCAUGAACCAGAAGUGAAAGAUAUGACACUGGAAUAUGAUACAGAAGAUACAUCAUAUCAAGACCGUGAUGAACAAGUUUAUGAACCUCCAGAAAAUGAGAAAACAGAAGCUGUUUCAGACAUUGCUGUGGAAGAUUUAAAUAUGGGGGUAGAAGAAGAAAAUAUAUCCCCAGCUGAAGAACAACAUGAAAUACCAUCAGAAACAAUUGUGAAAACAAAUGAUCCAGAACCAAAGGAAAAAGCUAAGAAAAAGAAACCCAAACUUUUAAAUAAGUUUGACAAGACGAUUAAAUCUGAACUUGAUGUUGCAGAGAAGCUACGCAAAAAGGGAAAAAUUGAGGAUGCUAUGAAUGCCUUUGAAGAAUUGGUGCAUAAGUACCCACAGAGUCCACGAGCUCGAUAUGGGAAAGCUCAGUGUGAAGAUGAUUUGGCUGAGAAGAAGAGGAGCAAUGAAGUACUGAAGAGAGCCAUUGAAACUUACCGGGAGGUAGCUGACCUGCCAAAUGUCCCUGCUGACCUCAUAAAACUCAGCCUGAAGCGGCAGUCAGACAGACAACAAUUUUUAGGUCACAUGAGAGGCUCCCUGGUUACCCUUCAGAAAUUGGUUCACUUGUUUCCCAAUGAAACUUCUUUCAAGAAUGACCUUGGAGUGGGUUAUCUCUUGAUUGGUGACAAUGACAGUGCUAAGAAGGUUUAUGAAGAGGUCCUGAAUGUGACUCCUAAUGAUGGCUUUGCCAAAGUACAUUAUGGUUUUAUCCUUAAGGCCCAGAACAAGAUUGCUGAGAGCAUCCCUUAUUUGAAGGAAGGACUGGAAUCUGGUGACCCUGGCACUGAUGAUGGUCGCUUUUAUUUCCACUUGGGUGAUGCUUUGCAGAGAAUUGGGAACAAAGAGGCAUAUAAAUGGUAUGAACUUGGACACAAGAGAGGUCAUUUUGCAUCUGUUUGGCAGCGUUCACUUUACAAUGUAAAUGGACUUAAAGCUCAGCCUUGGUGGACUGCAAAAGAAACUGGUUAUACUGAGUUAGUGAAGACCUUAGAAAAAAACUGGAAAUUAAUUCGUGAUGAAGGCCUUGCGGUGCUAGAUAAAACUGAAGGUCUCUUCCUGCCUGAAGAUGAGAAUCUGAGAGAAAAGGGUGACUGGAGCCAGUUCACUCUAUGGCAGCAAGGAAGAAAAAAUGAAAAGGCUUGCAGAGGAGCUCCAAAAACCUGCGCUUUACUAGAAAAAUUUCCAGAAACAACAGGGUGCAGAAGAGGACAGAUCAAAUAUUCUGUCAUGCAUCCAGGCACUCAUGUCUGGCCUCACACCGGACCUACAAACUGUAGACUGCGGAUGCAUCUGGGUCUGGUCAUACCCAAGGAAGGCUGCAAGAUCCGAUGUGCCCAGGAUACCAAGAUUUGGGAAGAAGGGAAAGUGCUCAUUUUUGAUGACUCCUUUGAACAUGAGGUGUGGCAGGAUGCAUCUUCCCUGCGCCUGAUCUUCAUUGUGGAUGUGUGGCACCCUGAGCUGACCCCUCAGCAGAGACGAAGUCUGCCUGCAAUUUAACACAUGAUGGAGGCUCACAACACAAAUGAGGGAGGCUCGUAAUGUCUGUUGUAUCUGUGUAGAUGUGUAGACAGAACCAUAAAUGCUGAAGCUCUUAAUGCUUCUGCUCAAAUUGCAGCCUCAAAAAUGCUAGCCUGCUCAGGUUUAAAAGACACUGAAGGAAUGGUUUGCCUACUCCAGCUCAUUUAGAAAUUGUCCUUCUCUGUUCCAUGCUGCUCUGAUGCCGACAUUAAAAUGAAAACAUGAGACCUUUUAUCUUACCAGCCAAAGAUUUUGCCCCUAGAAUAGGUUUGUCAGUGUGUGUUGAUAGGAAAUGUAGAUAAUGUGAAUGGAUGAUUAUGAUUUUGUAAUUUUUAAAUGUAAUUGUAUUUUUCUAUUAAGCUAGCCAUAGAGCUUUUAUUUUUAUGAACCACUACAUUCUUUUCUUUCUUUCUUUCUUUUUUUAAUAAGCUGUAUUUUCCACUUUCAGCUGUGUAGUAUGUUAUCUUUGGGUACUCUAUCAUGAUAGUUUUCUUCUGCUUUUGUAAUUCUUUUUAAUAUUAAUGAAGUAGUAUGAGAGAGAAAAUGUUAUUUUCCUACUGUGAUGGACAGCAAAAGGUAGAAAACAAUAGCUCUAAAAAAAUCCUAUGAAAAUAAUCUUCCUUUUUACCAGUUUAUUUUUUCUUCUAAAUGGAGGCCUGAUGUACCCCCUUUGUGGUGAUAAUAGAGACAACCCGAGUAGAUUUUUAAUUUCUCUGAAGAAAAGUUUCCUCAUUGAAAAAAACGUGUGUAAUAAUUUGAAAUUGACCCCUACAAAGGCCAUAUAUAAUGCUAAUAUAUGCCAAGAUUUAGAUUUUUUUAAAGAAAAAAAAUUUUCAUAGUAAAAUUUUCUGUCUCCUAAGAUUAAACAAAUGCUUGGGAGCAGAAUGAAUCUAGGCCCUGUGGGUCUUGACACCUUUAGUAAUCAGGGUCCAAUUACUCCUUUAUCUUUACACAGUAUUAAUCUAAGUGGAAGAUGAGUGAAUGCUCCUCUGGUACUUCAGAGGAUUCCUGCUAUAUUUUUCAUGGAUAAAUUUUUAAUAGUGUUAUUCAGAAUGACAAAAUGCAAGGGAUAAUUACUGCAAAUGGAAAAAUGCCAGGAACUUUUUUUGCAUAUUGGCAUAUCAUAAGAAAUCCUGUCUUCUUUAAAACAAUUGGAAACAUUCUUCCUAACUUCUUGCCUUAGAACAAAAUUGCUACAUGAAAUGAAAAAGAAUGCCUUAAAAAUUAUCAGGUUUGCAUGGGUAAAGUUUUAAUAAUGCAUAUUACAAAGAAGUAACAGUUAAGAGAAUAAUCCCUUUAGAUAAUCAAAGAUAGUUUUAAUGAAACAAAAUAUUUCGAUUCUUUUCUACAACCAAGUAAGAGAGAAGUGCAUCCUUUGAAAGGUGUUGCAGUGUAAUUUCUCUAUUUGAAAUGUGAUGAUAAUCACACACAGAAUAUCAUUUCAUGGAACAAGAAGAACAAAAAUAUUUAUUAAAUGCCAUAUUUUUAUAAAUAAAUUUGAGUGCCUGGAGCCUGGUGGAAAGUUAGCUAGAACACACAGCCUUUUCAUUCCAAGAAUGAUCAAGGCAAUUUUGCCUUCUUUAGCUGUCUUCCAAUAUUGAAACUACUCGUAUUUCUUCUAUCUCAAGAGCACAGGUCUUAUUUGAGGGCUAAAGUUUUAGCCCUUAUUCCUUUUCCUUAAAAGGAUCCCCCAGAUAGAAUGCACAGAUUGACAGUAGUAUAUAGGUAACUUACUUGGUGAUCCCUGUGUAUUUGCUUCCAUUUCUAAACCAGGUAUUUUGUGGUUUUUGUGGGGAGGGACGGGGUUGGGGUGGGAGGGUGAAAUGGGGACAGCACAUUAUGGGUGUGGAAUCAAGAGGAAUAUAACCUUCAAAAUAAUGACCAAUAUUAAGAAAAAAAAACAAGAAGAAAAAAGUCAUUUUUGUCCUUCAAUAUUUAUUUAACAACGGGAAGUGACUCAACAGAGAAGGACAGUACAAUCCAAUGCUCAUGUAAUAGUAACUAACAUUCAUGUCAAUUCUUGUUGAAUUUGGUUCCUGUUUGUAAAUCUAUUGCAUACAUGUACAGAAAAUUCAAAUGAGAAAAAUGUACAUGAGAAUGUUCAUCUUACAUUCAUGUUACGAGAUUUGGAGAGAAACAAGAUUUACAAGCUAACUCAUGUUAACUUAGGUCACUAUGGUAGAUAGAAUGCACAAAAUCAGAACAUUUAGACUGCCAUCUUAAUGGGCAGAUAUUGUUUCACUGUUUUAAAACAUAGCACUAAUUGGCUUCAAUGACAUUUUAAAAACUCAGAUCCAACAAUUGUCACAUAUAUAUAAACCCAAGCAAUUAAAAUGGCUCCCUGAUUUGCUUUUAUUUCUUCUUCAUCUCUCUAUAUAAUUGUAUAAAAAAGUCAUUGGGUCACAGUACAGAUGAAGUUAUUUCAGCAUGUGAUUAGGAGUGGCUGCCCAAAAGUAACUAGUUUUAUUUACACAUCUCUGCAUUGGCAGAGUGGCUAUAUUUUAAUUUCAUUUUCUACUUUAUCAUUUUUUUCUGCAAAAAUAAAAAUAGUAACUGACUUUUAUAAAGCGCUUUAAAAGUUUCCAAAGCGCUUUUACAUAGAUGAUUUCAUUUGAACCUCACAACAAUCCUGCGAGGUAGGUACUGCAGGUAUUACUAGCCCCAUUUUACACAUAAGGGAGACUGAGGUUCUCUAAGUUGACUUGCCCAAGCUCACACAGCUAGUAAUUGUCAGAGGUGGUGAGAUUUGAACCCAAUUUUGAGGUUUUUACAAGAUUGAGCCAGAAACAAUGUCCUUUUCUGUUCAUCUGUACCAGUAGCAAUGACUGAUAUGCUUACAAAUGCAAACAUUAAUACCUUUCGAUACUUUUUUUCCAGUAAAGGAGAAAAGUGGUAAACACUAAUUCCAAUUAGAAAUGACCUAUUGAAUUAUUUCUUCCCUGUUGAUUUGCUUAACUUAAAACUUUAGCCUUCUUAAAUGUUUUCAUUUAAACUAUGACUGUACUGCAUGUUGUUAACUGAAAUACCUUCAGUUUGACAUGAUGCCAAGUAAUGGUACAAAUAAAUAGAGGAAUGCCUUUAUGAAGCAGGUGGUCAAAGAGAAGAAGAUGCUUAAAAUUGUAAAAUUGAUUUGGGGAAACAAACACAUGGCACAAAAUAAUUUCUUACAGGUAUUCUUUUAUUUUAUCUCUAUUUCCAUUUCAGUGAAUAAAUAGGAUUGAUUUUUCAAAAACAAAUAAAGCAAUGAGCUGAUCUUUGGCAUUUCAGUCCUACAUUUCUGUUCUCUUCCUUUUGUUUAGAGUACACGCCCAUUUAGCCAUUCAUUCAUUUGAGGAAGUAUUUCUCCUCAAGUGAAUGUCUGCUUUCUCUAGCAACCAUCAGAACUGCCCUCUGUCUACAGCCUUUAACUGAUGGCAGGAGUGAAGGGGGUUAAAUGGUUCCACAGCAUUUUCCUUAGCUUUCUUGACCUAAAUGAAACAAUCUGAAUAGUUCCA